AUGCUGAAUCCCCGAGGAGGUCCGAAACCAUCUUUGUCGGGCAUCCCCUACACAGAGGUAGACAUUGCUCUGUUCCCCACAACACCGGUCCUCGACAUUAUACUGCUCAAUUUCCAAGCGGAUGUGAACGUGCUAGAUGCAUCACGACCCGAGGCAACUCUAUGGCACAGGUCCCUCCAGUUUACCUCGAGUCUGCCAGGGUGUCAAAGCAUUCGCUGGGCCUUGCUAGAGCAAAAAGAACCCCAGGCAAUCCUAGUCUUGAUCCAGUGGGAGAGUGGACAAGCAUGGAAGCAGUUUCAGAACUCGCUAGGAUUCACCCUAUUGCUGGGCUACAUCAAGAGUUCUAUCAACCGUUCCCUUCAACUGGAACUCCCUUCAGAAGCGCUUGGUGCGGAGGGUCCGGUUGAAUUGGUUUCGUACUACAUCCCGGCCACGGCAUCUAUAAAAGAGCACGACUUCCAGCGCGAAGUCUACGCAAAGUCUGCCUCUGACUCGGAGAUAGUCUCUGCUUGCGGCGGCUGGCUUGACCAGGAAUUCGAGACCGAGAACCGGUACUUUGCUGGCUUGCUCUUCUGGAAGCCCGGUAUAGAUGCAGAAAGGACUCAGCAGGACACCCCGAGUAAAACUACAGCUUUUGGGCACGAGGCAGAGGAUGUCGUUUCAGUCCUGACGAAACCUGUCAAUAUCGCAUCAAAAGAUUCCCUUCACGCUGUGACGCCUAUCCCCAACAGCUUGAGCAGCACGCAAUGCAACCAUCCACUCCUCAACGGUUCUGUGACUCCGUGUUACCGAGCAGAAGAUAGCUUCGAGCCGGGUGAUUUAGAUCGGCUUCACGCAGAAAAUUAUAACAAACAGCAAGCCGGGAAACUGCUCUCUGCUGGCCCGACGGGUCAAUGGUAUUCGACUGGUGCGAUUAACCAGCACGAGAUGCCAGCACUUACUUUGCCGAAUUCUCGAGGAGCCAUCGAAGCUAUCUCCACUUGUCUUCCUCUUGGCGAUGGCGCAGUGGUAAAGAAAUUCAAGGAUCUUCUCGUCGAUCUAUGGAAGCCUGCCGACUGCUCUGACCUCCGUUGGGGCAAGAGUCAAGAUGAUACUGGAGACAAUAGGAUCUGUGUCUUUUUAGAAUACAAAGACGGCGGCGGCCUCAGCGAAGAUGUCCGGUUGAAAUUCCAGAGUCAACUAGAGGCGCUAGCUUCUGAAAGCCAUGUCAACCCGGAUCUCUCUUACUUGCAGAUUCCCAAAUCCCGGCCACUUGGAGCUCCCCCAACCCUAGAGAUUAUGACAUUCCACGUGCCCAGCGGGGAAUCUAAUCGGCGUGCCUUCGAAUACGCUUUCCAGAAUUUCCUCGUCACUACCAUGCCCCAACUUCUCAAAGGCUUCGGCUCUACCGAUUCGCCCCCGUGCAGCCGGCUCGCAUGUGGCUGGGGCAGUAGUCCGGAGAUAGCGGGUGAUCCACCCGUCUCAACCGAUACAUUUGUCGCGGCAUUCGGAUGGAGCAGCAGUGCUGUUCGAUCCGAAUGGUAUGGGAUCUACGCCGAGCAGGCCAAGUCCCAUUAUCAGCGCCAGGGACAUGUCGUGGACUGGCUGCGGUCUCUGGCUGUCAGGGCCCAGGCCCAGUUCUUUUCUUUGGAGAAGAAAGACGAUGCUCUUGUGGAUCUGGAGCGCCAGAAGCAAGGGCUCGGGCCACUGCGCUCUGGGUCUGGGCUCAAUUUGUUUCAGGGUUAG